AAAGAACCAGUACAGCACAUUGGAAGAAUUAAUCUUAUCUUCGCCACGCCAUAUAUCUUUCUUUCUACUAUAAAGUAAUCUCUAAGAAAAAUACAAACCAAUAAUAAUAUCUCAUUGAUAGUGAUAGAUUAGUAUUAAUUAUCCAUUUUGGGCUAUAAAUAGAGACCCUUUGAGAUCCAAGUUUAUCGUCAAAGCAACCAAACACAUAAAAGAGAGAUUUAAUACAAAAGAAAGAGAAAAAAGAAAGAUAUGGCAGGACUCAUCAACAAGAUCGGAGACGCACUCCACAUUGGAGGAGGCAACAAGGAAGGUGAGCACAAGAAGGAAGAGGAACACAAGAAACACGUUGACGAGCACAAGAGUGGUGAGCACAAAGAAGGUAUUGUUGACAAGAUCAAAGACAAGAUCCACGGUGGUGAAGGUAAAAGCCACGACGGAGAAGGCAAAAGCCACGACGGUGAGAAGAAAAAGAAGAAGGACAAGAAGGAGAAGAAACAUCAUGAUGAUGGUCACCACAGCAGCAGCAGUGACAGCGACAGCGAUUAAGGUGAGGAAGUGAGGAGGAUCGCUUGAAUAAAACAGAUCUGGUUCUGGCUAUUAUUAAUUAAUGUUGCUGUAUGUUCUUAUCAUCUUAGAGAGAGGUUAAAGACAGGAGAACCGUGCAUCUAUCUUUGUUUGUUAUGUUUCUGUUUUCUUGUCAUGAAAAUUAUGCUCAUGUAUCUUAUCUAAAUCAAAAAUAAUAAUUUGAUGAAUCAUAACUUGUAAGACUUGUUAUUUAAUUUUAACUUGGGAUCUAUGUUUCUUUAGAAGAUCAAAACUUUUAUCUGUUGAAAAAAAGUGAGAAGAUCAAAACUUGUUGAUAAACAUAUAUAGAUGAUAGGUUUCACGUAUACUAAAAGAGUAAAAAAAAUUUUUUUUAACAAUACAUACACCAUUCAGUAAAUGAACUUAAAUGAUUGUCAAAUGAUAAUAGAUGUUUGAGAAGAAAAAAACAAUUAAAAAAAGUUUGAUGUUUGACCAAAGCGAAAUUAUUUUUUUUCUUUAGAAAGAAAACUUGUUUUCAUGACAAUGGCCUUCUACAAGAAAAAGUAUUUGUUAGUGUUUGCUCUCAAU